AUGGCAGCUGCCGAAGUAGCUGUCGACUUUGGCUACCUCUCCACCCAUCUCGGCGUGCCUGAAAACACCCUCGAGACAGUCGCCGCCCAACCCACCGCCGACCUCGUCAGAGCCGUCCUGCAGGCUGUCGCCACAAAGGCACACGAGUUCGAAAACCUUUACGCAGAGAAGCUGCACGUCGACAUCGAGCUCGAGAAUGCCGUUCGCAGCGCCGACUCGCGCUGCCAGUCCUUCAAGGCCACCGCCGACAAGGCCCUGAAGGACGCAGAAGAGCUACGGAAGAAACUGCAACAAGAAGAAUCCACCCGCCAAGGGCUGGAGUCCGAGCUCCAGCAGCUACAGUCUUCGAGUGGCGGAAGCCUUUCCGAGAUCGAGAACCUGAACGCGCGCAUCAAAUCGCUCGAACAGUCGAACCGGGACACCGUCGCGGCUGUUGACGCAAAGAACGCCGCGAACUCGGAGCUACUGACCGACCUGCAGAAGCUGCAGCAGAAGAACCACGACCUCAGCAAGCAGGUCGCUGAACUCCAACAGUCUGUGCAGGCCGAGAAGGCCGCUGCGAACAGCGCGAAAUGGCGCGAGCAGAACUUGGAGCAGGAGAUCGCGCUCCUGAAGAGGAACAACGAGUCUUUCGAGCAAGAGCUGAAGGCAAAGCGAGAGGAGGCCCUCAAGUACCGCAAAGAAAAGGGCGCACGAAUCGCGGAACUGGAACGACUCACCGACGAGCAGCGAUCGACGAUUGAUUCCUUGACCCGCGGCGAGCAACAACUUCGAUCUCGACUGGACGACGCACAAAGAAAGGCCGAUGACGCCCUCACGAAGAUACAGCAGCUGAAAGAAGCUGCUGCACGCACCGAGGAGAGUUUCAACCAGGAACUCGAGGCGUCGAGGCGUCUCGCCGACCUACAAGUCCAGCAGGCCGAGACCAGCAGGGAGAGGCUAAGGGAAGUCGAGAACAGGCUUGAGAAGGUCCAGGACGACUUCGCAGUCCAGAGGAUGCGCAUCGAGAAGCAGCUCGAGGACGAGAAGGCAGAGCAUCAAAAGGCUUUCGAGCGGGCGCAAGAGCUGGAACAGGAAAUCAGCAGGCUGCAGGCUGCGGUUCCCGCCCAGCCGCAAUUUGGGCUCGGAUCGCGUCCCUCUACUCCUGUCGCAAAUGGCCACCUCAGGGCCGGCUCGCCAUUCGGCACACCUGGAUCGAUCAGGGGCAAGAACAUGACGCAGGCCAUAGAUGAGCUAUGGAAGGUCAAAUCGGAGCUCAUCAACGUGAAGAAGAGGAACCAACAGCUGGUCCAGGAGCUGGACGAGACCAUGGCUGUUCUCGAGGCCAAGGCGCCUGAGUUCAACGGGCUGGAGGCAGAGAUCGAGAAGCUGCGUAGCGAGAACAUCCAGAUGACUCAGCUGGCAGACGAGAGUUUCCAGGAGCGUGAUCUCGCGAAGAGAGCGGCUCGAAAGGCCGAGUCUGCCUUAGGCACAGCCCAGUCCGAGGCCAACAUCCUUCGAGCUCAGCUUCGAGACCUCGGCGUCCAGAUCCAAUUGCUAGUCUUCAACCUGCACGCUCAAGAGAAGGGUCUCGACCAACUUACGCAAGAAGAGGUGGUCAAGUUCGACCAGCUACAGCGGGGCGAGGUCGCCCCGGGUGCCCUGGAUGACCUGUCAGACACUCAUCGCUUCAUUACGGAGAAGUUCGUCGCGUUCAAGGACAUCCACGAACUGCAGGCCAAGAACGAGGAGCUGCUCAGGAUCACCCGAGAGCUCGCAGACAAGAUGGAGAGCGACGAGGCACAGGCUGCCAAACAGCAAGCUGUCGACAACGAGAACGAGCUUGUCUCCCUGCGUGAGACUUGCGCGCGUUUGCAGGAUGAAAUCAAGUCCAUGACCGUCCGUAUGAGGUCUCACAUGCAAGAGCGGGACAUGUUCCGACGCAUGGCAGAGGGGCAGAGGGCCAGGGUCAGUGAUGCCAACGACGCCGAAGGCAGCCAGCGUGAAGUGCUCGCCAGCAUCGAGCAAGGCUCCAACGUCGAUGAAGCCGAAGCGAUGACAGCAAUCCGCGAGAUGCAAGCAAGGCUCGAUACGCAACAGAACGAAUUCAGCACCGACCGCAAGGCCAUGCGUGAGCAUAUCGACAGGCUUUCUGCGGAAAAGAGCUCUCUGCAGAGUGAGGUUGUGCGCAUUCGUAGCCAGCUUGAACUGGCCUCUGAACGUUAUUCCAUGCUGCAGGGCAACUGUGAAGCGCUACAAAAUGAGAAAUCCGAGCUGCAGAAGCGAAGCCAAAGCCUCUCGGAAGCCGCAGCAAAGCAUGAUCUGCGCAGCCAGCAACUUGCUUCGGACCUCGUCGAGACAAAGGCGUUACUGGACAGUGUUCAGAGCAAGGCUUCGAAUUUGGAGGCAGAGAAGGCCCUCUUCACCAGCAUCCGUGACCGUCUACUCAAGGACAACGAAGAGCUUUCGAAGGACAAAGCUACCCUCAGCAAUCUUCUGACUCAGAACCAAACACUACUGAACGAGAAGGACACCUCCGACAAAGAGACUCGGCGAAGCCUGAACGAGCAGAUCCAAUCAUUGAAGACGGAGUUGGCCGCGAAACAGCGGAAUCUUGACAAUGAGAUCGAGGAGAGCAGGAGGCUCCAACAGCGAAAGGAUUACGAGACUCAACAGCAUCAACAGCGGGUGGAUGAGCUCCUGAGCAGUCUCAACUCGGCCAAGGAGGAACUUGUUGCUACUAAGACCAGCAGAGACCACCUGCAAGCCCGCGUUGAUGAACUCACCAUUGAGCUUCGCAAUGCUCAGGAGAAGGCCGAACGCUUACAGCCUCGGCCAACCCCCAGGCCCGGUACAGCCAAUGAGCCUCGAUCGGCGGAUGCAGAAACCGAGGCUCAGAUUGAUGAGCUGGUCAAUGAAAUCUCGGAUCUCAAGAGAGACCUGGAUCUGGCGACCACGCACCUUGAAUCUUCCAGGUCACAGACUGAGCAGUACAAGGAGAUCGCCCAGGCUGCUGAAGAGGAGCUCACCUCGAACAAUUCAAUUCAAGAGCAGUUCCGGGAGCAGAUGGAGACGGAGCUUGCAGCCAAGGACGCUCAGAUCAAGGAGCUCCAGCAACGCGUCGACAACAUCUCCGUAGAGCUGAGCAAUUCCAAUAAUGAGCUGUCCUCAAUCCGAGACUCUCAAACGGAGGCCAGUCACAAGGCCGAGGAAGAAAGGCGCAUCCUGGAGGAAGAAAUUUCACGGCUCAAAGAGGAAGCUGAGCGACUCAAGGAGCGGGCGAAGUACCACCAGCAGGAUCUCCGUGCACAGGCAGACAUUGCCAAGAAGGCGCAGCAAGAUUACGAGACGGAGUUGGUCAAGCAUGCAGAUGCUGCAAAGGCAUUGCAAGCUCUUCGUUCACAGCACAACCAGUUGAAGACCAACUCGGCAUCGCUGAAGGCCGAGGCUGAAUCUGCCAAGCACACACUUGACGACAACAAGAGGUCUUUCGCCGAGCGUGAGCAGCAACUACGACAAGAAGUCUCCGAUCUGAAGGAGAGACGCCAAGAAACCGACCAACAGAACAAGCUCCUGCAAGAACAGCUCCACAGCUUCACGUCACAGAUUGCUGCUAUCAAGGAGAACCGCACCGCCUUCAUAGAGGCCACAGAUGAUACCACCAACUCGGCUCCUGGCUCAGACGUCGAGCGCCUGACGGAGCUCAACAAGUACUUGCACCGUGAGAAGGAGAUCCUGGAGGUGCAGUACAAUCUCAAGAACCGCGAGGCCGAGCGACUGCAACAGCAGGUCGAUGCCAAGCAGUCACAGCUCGAAGAGUACCAGUUGAAGCUGGAGCAGGAGCGCAUGGCUAGGAACGACACCAGUACAAGCAAGUCGCAUGAAGAAUUGAUGAACAAGCUGAACGAGCUUAACCUUAUAAGAGAAAGCAACAGCACCUUGCGAAGCGAGAACAAGCGGAUUGAACGUCAGCUAGAGCAGAGGAGCACCAAGAUCAAGGAGCUUGAAGCCACAAUAGAGCCGCUCAAGGCCCGCAUAUCCGAGCUCGAAGGCACGAAGGAGUACUUGGAGGAGGAACUGAAGCAGCUCGGCCAGGACCGAGACCACUGGCAGAAGCGUGUGGAGAGCAUCGUCACCAAGCAUGGACGCGUCGACCCUGCCGAAUUGGAGCAGAUGAAGGAGAGGGUGUCUGAGCUCGAGGCCGAACGCGAUACGCUGAAACAGGCUGAAGAGCCGCUCAAGACCAGGAUCACCGAGCUCGAGACGACUCUGGAGACGGAGAAGAGCAACUGGGCGACAACUCGUGGUAGGAUCAUCGAGCAGGCAAAGAACAAGAACAAAGAGAACAACACCAAGAUUGCCGAGUUGAAUGCAGAAAAAGCACAGCUGCAAACACAGCUUGAUGAGACGAGCCAACGGCUGACCUCGCUCCAGUCUGAACUCGACUCUGCUGUUCAAGAAAAGACUGCCCUUGGCCAAGAGAAAUCUGACUUGGAGCAGAGGCUCAACGAAGUUCAACAGCAACUGGAGACUGCCAGCAGCGCCACGAAGGAUCCACCUGCCGAUGUCGCCUCUGAGGGUGUUUCUUCGGAACAGCUCGCCCAAGUGCAGCAGCAACUCGAGGGUGCACAGCAACAGCUGGCUGCUGCUAACGAGGCCAAGACCGCUGCCGACCGGGAGCUCGAAAGGCUGCGCUCAGAAUUGACCACGACUGUGCAAGAUCGUGACGCAGCUCGUGCCCAAGCCGGGUCCGAGGCCCCAGCUGAAGCAGCCUCACAGCCAGCGUCAGCGCCGGAGACAGCCCCACAGGCAGACACUGAGGCCACGCAGAACGGCGGUGCUACUGAGGCACAACCUGCCCCAGCCGCAACAUCUGACGCGGAGCGCGCUGAACUAGAACAGAAGCUGGCGCGGGCCGAGCAGAGGGUAACAGAGCUGGAGGCUGAGGUCGCCGAGCUCAACUCAAAGGUGUCCGAAUACGAAUCGAACCAGAAGGCCAUCGUUGACGCGCGGUCUCAGAAGAUGAGGGAAGCGCUCAACAAGAAGUUGUCCGAAGACAAGGCCAAGAACCUUGCUGAGCUUACCAAGGAGAAGGAGAAACUGCAGGGCGAGUAUGACUUGAGGCUCCAGCAGGAGCGGGCCAUAUGGGAAGCCGAGAACAAGGUGGCCAGCGCACCGGCUGCUACGUCCGACUCAGUUGCAGCAACACCGACUAAGCAAACAGACCAGCAACAGCCACAAACACCAAAUCCUGAGCUCCAAUCGCUCAUCGUCGCCAACUUCUUACAACUCAACGAUGCCAACACCCGCAAGGUAGUUAAUGAGAAUUCCACUCUCAAGAGUAUCAUCACAAGCAACCUGAAGAAGAAGGUGGAGAUCGAGGCCAAGAAGAUCAAGGACGAGACAGAACAGGCCUUGAAGGCGGAACACGAGACCAAGAUCGCGGCUGCUAGGGAGCAGGCGACGUUUAUGGCGUCGAAGAAGUCAACGCUCAGGAUCAACAUGGCUGAGAACAAACUUAGAGGGGCGAACGCCAAGCUGAACGUUGUUGAGACGGCUGCCAAGGAGACCCCCGAGCGUGGCGUUGGUGAGGUUUGGGAGGAGGCCAAGACCGCGAAGCCUCCACCACCAGUACCAGAGGCUACCGUCAAACCUGCUUCUUCGCCCGCGCCGUCAGACAAGGCGGUGGCAGCAGCCGGCACCGGCGCACCUGCAACCGCAGCGUCCGAGAGCAAACCCCCGCCUGCCAAUGGCGCCAUUCCACAAAAGCCCGUGCCAGUAGCUGUGGCCACCCAGCCGCCGGCGGUGCAACCAAAUCCUUUCGCAUCCGGAAUACCGGCGAAACCGACGCCGGCCCCGGCCAAUCCCUUCGCGUCGGCCCAACCGUCAUCGCUGCCCGCCAACCCCACGGCUCAGCAGCCAGCUCCCCAAGGCCAGCAGCCAGCUCCCCAAGGCCAGCAGACCCAGGCCCAACCUCAGCAGCAGCAGCAACAGGGGCAGCAGCAGCAGGUGAAGACGGGCAUCCCCGUGCCGUCCCGGGGCGGGGCGCCUCGAGGCGGCGGCCGCGGAGGCACGUACCAACACCCACGCGGCGGAGGGCGCGGUGGUUUCCAGAACCGCAACGCCAGCGGCGGGCCGGCCACCUUGAACCCUGGCGCGGAGAACUUCCAGCCCGGCAGCAACAAGCGACCUCGCGAUGCUGAGGCUGGAGGGCCCGGCGGCUGGUGGGCAGCAGAACAAGAGGCCACGGGGCGGAGGCGGCCCGCAACGGGGAACACGGAUCCUGCCCGUAUGGUGCACACCCAGCAGAUCACGUCUUUCGCGCCCUUGUGGUAA